UUUCUUUUAAGGUAUGAAAAGGAAUUAGAUCUUCCGCAACUGCCUGAAAUGAGUUUCGCCGGCAAUCUAUUGCGUGUAGAGCAUUCAAAAGAGUUGGGUAUUGAAUUUAAUGCUUUAAGUGCAUUACAGUUAGUUGACAGUAAAUUUGACAGUAUGAAAGUUGCUGUAGCUGAAGCUUGGCAAGAGUCGAGGCUUGAUAACUCUGAAAUAAAAGAUGUUGUUAAACCAUUUGAUUGGACUUUCACUACACAUUAUAAAGGAACUUUAAUUGGAAACAAAGAAAAUUAUACUGUUACACCAACAGAUGAACGUAUUAAUAUUGAAAAAUUAAAAGUCAAGGAAAAAAUACUGUUUUAUGAAGAUGUAAUGCUAUUUGAGGAUGAACUCGCUGAUAAUGGAACAGCUCAUUGCUCUGUCAAAAUCGUA